AUGAGGCCGCUUACUCCGCUCUUGUUACUAAUUGUUUUCCUCUGCGUCGUCGUCCAGACGUCAAAGGCCAUUCACGAGGAUGAGCAGGGGCUUAGGGACUGGAUCCUGCGCUUUGUCGGUCACGUAGACCACGCGUCCUACCAACCCCGUCUGGAGCCGAAUUACAUGUAUGCGGCCUCCAACCUGGGAGCCGUUGCGGCCUUGUCGCUCAGCGACGGAAGCCUGCAGUGGAGGAGGCUGUUCUCCGAGCCGCAGGUGUGCGUCACGGCGGGCAGGCAUGGCGUGCUGGUGUCCUCUCGCACAGGCACGAUUUAUCUCCUUAACGCCGCUGCUGGGGAUAUUGAGACCACAUUUAAGCUGUCCUUGCCCGCUGGCGCCACUGUGGAAUCCUGCGCCAUCGUGGAAGGAAGUGUGCGGGUUGCUGCCAUGGACAAGGCAACCGCCUAUCUGUUCCAGUUUUGGCCAGCGACGGAGGAUGAGGUGCUCAUGCCCAGCGGUAGCUUUUCCAUUGGGGAGGACGUGCAUGGGCUUCGCAUCAGCGGUAAUCACAUAUGGGCACUUCGACCAGCGGGCGCCAACCGCUACUCACUUACAGGGGACGUCGAGGUGGCGGACGUGGAGGGUGACGUUUACGGUGGCGCCGUUGCGGUCUCCGGGGAUGCGGCUGUGCUUUCUGCCACAAAGAUGACCGUCGUGCGGAACUCUGGAGAGGCGGAAACCGUUGCCUGUGACGGGUGCGAAGCUGGGUUGCUGCUUGGUGCCACUGGGACCUUUGAGGGCACCGUGAAAACAACGACUGACAAGCUUGGUUUCACGGUCACCUUCCCGGGCUCGAGUGUCCGCAUUGCGUACAACUUCACCCCAGGGCAUCCCCCAACAGUACUUCUGGCCAUAAGGGAUGAGGAGCACGGUGCACAGGCUAUUCUUCGAACUGCCAAUGGGCACCUUCUUGCGGUGUCGGAGAAACUUGGCAAGCUGCUGUGGGAGCGUACAGAGGGGCUGGCGUAUCUCGCUGCCACCAUCAUCGCCGACAACCCAAUACAUGAAGAUCACUUUUCAUUUAACAAGGUGGCAUUGGCAGUCUCGACUUAUGGUGUUGUCUACGUCAUCCCUGUUGGGGAAAUGGGGCACAAUAUCCGUGUACUAGCAGAUAUCUCCAGUGUGCUGGUAGCGAACACGGCUGCACGUUCCAUGAAGUCUGUAAGGAUUGAGCAACUGGUUCUCUCAGGAGAAAAUGUUCUCAGCGUCAUCGCUGCUUCUUCAGUGAGGCGCAUGAGUCUUGCUCUUGAUGUCAUCACCGGGGCUGUAAAGGAGCUCAAGGUAUAUGAAAAUUCCCUGGUUGUUUCACCAGCAUUUGCGAUCACGCGUUCGUUGGAGCUGCAUGGCAGCGUCCCGUCCAAAGAUAUGUACCUCUUUACAUCCAACGUCACCAGUGGCCUUAUCGAGGGAUACGUGGUUUCCGCCACUUCCAAGGUGCUUCCGCUCUGGACCGUGCGCAUGCCGUAUCCGUUGGUUGCCUACGCCACUGGGGAGGAUGUGCUCCGUACGACGACGGUGAAUCAACUACGCGUGUUUCCAAACAAGACUAGCAAGACAGAUGAGGUCCGUCGGAAGUAUCCCACACGCAAUGUUAUCGUUGUUGCCCACUACGAACCAUCAGAGAAGGAGUUGACAACGCUUGUUCUCACUGCUAUUGAUUCCGUCACCGGCAGUGUACUGGCAACUGUGCGUCACCGCAACGUGGAGGGUCCUGUACACAUGGUUGUCGUGGAAAAUGCUGUCUUGUACUACUACAUGGACAUGGUGAAGCUUCGACACUGCCUUGGUGUGUGGGAAAUGUUUGAGGAGGAGUUUGGUCAAGUACUUCGCAAGGAUGCUGGUGCCACCAUACCGCAGAUCAUUGCCUCCUUUUUCCGCUUUAAAAGGACGUUCAGUUCGCGUGCCACUCGUCCACCCACUGUGACGGUUGCCGUCCUCGGCGUGUACGGCGGUAACCUUGCCACGAUGGGUGUAACAACGUCCUUCAACGGCAUUGCUGGCAAAAGCAUUGUGCUCGCCUUUGAUUCUGGUCGUAUCGCCACAGUGGAGCUGAGUAAGCUGCUGGCGGGUGGACAGAUGCCUCUUGAUGACAAUGGCAAGCAACUCACACAUGUCUUCAUCCCGAGCACGGCUUUGGCAUCGCACAAGUACCGGGUGGCGAAGCCAAGGCUGAUUACCACCACACCCACCAAUCUGGAGAGCUCCUGUCACGUGCUGGUGUCCGGGCUGGACAUCUUCUACGUGCGCACCUCCUCGGGGAAGGCGUUUGACCUCCUCAAUAGCGACUUUAACAAGAACCUCCUAAUAACGCUGACAUGCGGCUUUGGCGUUCUCACCUGUGCGGCACGCUAUCUUGUUCGGCGGAGGGCCCUCAAUCUCCUUUGGAAGUAG